AUGGCGUUUAACGUUAUUACCUUUCUUCAAAUGACCGUCUUUCUUGUCAUUUUAUUUAUUAUAAAUCUCCAUUCAACGUCUGCUGGAUCGGAAGAAUCAAGUGACCCUUAUAGUUUUUUGAAUUCCAUUGAGGUCGAAGUUUGCGAUACAAACUGUACAAAGGGUGCAGAUGGAGCGUGGAGCGAGUGCAAUGGCGGCUGCAAAUGUGCACCUCUUGGCAACAGCACAGAAGGCCUAUGCAUAAAUAUUGGUGACUUUGACUUCCCGUCACCGGAAGCAGAAGUCUGA